GAUUGUGGUGGUGGUUUUGUGGACCACCGCGACCAACAAAAAACGGCCCCCAUCAUGAAUAAGCUCGAUUACGAUGUCGAUUGCUUAGAAAUAAGUGACGACCUGAUAAGCAUGGCCGAGGACAAUACUCUUGGUGAUUUUUCACAUAUCGACGAUGACCUACAGUUUACAGUUAAAAACGAUGGAAUGCUCGCACUAAGAUUAAUACAAGUGGCAGACAGUUUAGAUUCACCUAACUUUAUCACAGGAUCUCCAGCUAGUCCAUACCCAACGCUAACAAACUCCAGCAACGAUCCCAGUCAAUGCUCUUUUCUAGUGUUUAAGAAAAACAACGACAAUGUGAAACAGUCCCGAUCCGCCAACAGUGUCCGGGGGGUGCAACGGACCUCGGAGUGCAAUGGAGACACGAACCUUAAUCGAAAGCAACAGCGGGACGACCGGCGAAGGGCGAACCACAACGAAAUCGAAAGACGGCGGAGGGACAAAAUCAACAACUGGAUCCACGAGCUGAACAAAAUCAUCCCCGCCGAGCACAUGAACAGCCCCUCGUCCGAGACGCAGAACAAGCAAAACAAUGGCGGACAGGGCGAGAACCUCUCCAAGGGUGGCAUCCUGGCGAAAGCGUGCGAGUACAUUACGCGGUUGAAAGACACCAGCGACAAGCUGACCGAGUGCCUUGCCGAGAAGGAUCAGAUACUGCUGGAGAACCUGCAGCUGAAGGAAAGCAUCAACCAGCUGCUGGCGGAGAACAAGCGGCUACAGACGCAGCUACAGUUUGCGCUCGAAACGAACGUCAAGCUGGAGUCGUAGCCAUUAGUGUGCGGGACUAAUAAGCAGCAGCAGAGCUCGGUAGAACCGAUACAGCCGCAGGCGGAACCACUGCUGCCACAACAGCCUCAACAUCUUCACGCUCACCAGCAACGGCAGCAACAGCACCACAGCGGCAGCCAGCAGAAAAAUGCGCCCCAACAGUCGAUUGUAACGU